AUGAAUUGUUUUUCGAUUUUUGACAAAAGUAUUAUCCAGCGAUGCUUUCCUCGAAAAGACUUAGCUAUAACUCCUCUCAAUCAAGCAACCCUAACUCUAGAAGAAGAGCAGUCUCCUCAACCUACAAAAUUUGAGCCUAUGCCUGAAAGCGUGAUUCCUAUUCAAAUAAGCCAGAAAAGGCAGGAAGACGACUCUUCACUGCUUGACAACAUGCUAAAGAAUAUUGAGCCGAAGUAUUCAGCCCCCAAAAAAGUAAAUUUUAUUGUUUUGACUAAAGAUGUUGAUAGAAAUGGAGAGAGGAGGCCUGAAUCCAAAAGUAGGUUUGACUUAGAAGAAGAUGAAUUCAAAGAUCUAGGUGAUGAGCCUGAAGAUUUGAAGCUUGGCUAA